AUGGCUGAUGUCGGCGGGGAGGAUGCCGUGCCUGCACCCGCACCUGCCGAACCUGGAGAGGGAGUGCCGGAGAGAACACCAAGCUUGCGUGGGGCUGCCGCCGGGGGCUUCGGAAAGCUGAGCAAGCUCUACAACAAAGAGAAGCUGAUGAAGCUCCGCAGCUACUCGUGGAACAUCUUUCGCUACAUCGGCGACUACAUGCACCUCUUUGGUGUUUUCGCGCUGCUGGCAACUCUGGCCAAGAACCGCUCUUGUUCAGGAAUAUCGCGCAGCACGCAGAUUCUCUAUUGCCUUGUGUUCGUGACAAGAUACCUGGAUCUGCUAGACAAGACGCAAGCCUUCUAUCUCGUGUUCUUCAAAAUCACGUACAUCGUCACAUCGAUCAUCGUGCUGGCGGUUUUCUACAAGCUUGAUGCCACGUACGAGCGCCAAAAGGACACCUGCAGCUUAGCAGCCAUCCUGGUGCCUUGCAGCGUCAGCGCCGUUCUUCUAGCCGAGACGUACCAACCCUUCGACAUCCUAUGGACAUUCUCGCAGUUUUGCGAGGGUUUCGCAAUGGUUCCCCAGUAUGUCUUCUGCUACAGGGAUAGGUUGGCGAAGGACGUAGGCGUGACCCUCUAUGUGCUGUCGAUGGGUGCCUAUCGAUGCUUCUAUGCCGCCAACUGGAUUUACAAGAAGGUGCAGAUGCCGCACUACUCGGACUUACAGUCCUGGCUGGGUGGGAUGAUCGAGAUCCUGUUCUUCGCGGACUACUUGCUCUCCUUCACUGGACUCAGCUUGCUUCGGAGCAUGGUCCUCAAGGUUGAUGAAAAGAUCAACGAGAUCAAGGAGAAGGUGGAGAUGAAGGUUCUGGGUUCGUCGUCCAGUGUGGCACGAGAAUCGCAGGCUGCCGGGGCGGAAUUAAGACAACGACGAAAAAUCGACGAGGUGGAGGAGGCAGUGGAUCUAUGA